UUAUCUCUACUGCCACCCUCCUAUCUCUCUCCAUGCGACGAAGCUUGAAGUGUCGUAGCAUGCAGCUUGGCCUGCUGCGGCAACUGAUUCUUCCAUCGCCGCCGUGUUGAAUACAAGGGGAAAACGGAUGAAAGGACGUGACGCUAAUCACAAUGUUGGCGGCAAUCCAGACAGCUUUGCAACGGGCGGAAACCAUGGAUCCCGCCUCUUUGAGCCUCCUCCAGAAAGGCUCCCCCCGCGGUGCCGACGCCGACAAUGGCGCUUCGGGAGUCAUGGGAAGAAGAAUUUCGCAGGGCUACCAGACCGUUCCAACGAGCGAUGAAAGCGAUGCCCCCCGCCCGAGAAGAGUUUCAUACAGCGAUGCGGCGAAGAAGAAUGAGAACCACCACAGAGAUCAGAACCAUUCUCUGAGGCGGCGAAACGGGGUUGCCAGCUCGGAAGAUACGGAUGGACCAACAAAAGCGAAACCGUCGAAACCAUCGUGGACGAAGGAGACUUUUCGCAAGUUUCAGUCGCUCGAACUAGAGAACAAAGGAAGCGUCGCAAGGGACCAUCUCGCUCUUGAGCGCACAUUUCUAGCAUGGCUACGAACCUCUCUGGCGUUUGCAUCCAUUGGCGUCGCCGUGACGCAACUGUUCCGCCUCAAUACCGACAAUGCUUCUGCGAAUAUGGUCGACUUUGAUCACACGAAACUACAAAAGAUGGGCCGACCAUUGGGUGCGACAUUUCUUGGGAUCAGCAUCGUGACUCUGCUGCUUGGCUGCAAGCGCUACUUUCACGCACAGGAAUGGAUCCUCAAGGGCAAAUUCCCAGCCAGCCGCGGGACCAUCCUCAUCAUGUCAUUCGUGGCGCUGGCUCUCAUGAUAUUGUCGCUGGUGGUUGUCAUUGUCAUACGACCUUCGUAAUUGGUGUUGCAUGACUGAAAUGGAGUUUUAUCUUUUUCCUAUUUGCCCCAUGAAGAAUGACUCAAGGUAGCUACACACUUUUGGGGGCAGCAUUGGGAUUGGCGUAG